UCCAGCACUAAUGAAAUCAAAAUAAAACUUUGCCGGCGUAAGUUAUUUUGCGAAAUAUGUUAAAAAUACGCAACAUUUGUGUAAUGCAACGCCGCUGGAAAGGCGGCAAAAAACGCUGGAAUACGUUGCAGUACAAAAAGAAUAACUGUGAUCGUGCGCUGGAAAGCUUUGACGACUUUUAUGGCUCUGUCUAUGGCAACAGAUGGAAAAAUAUGCGUGCGGCAUUGCUAACUGAACACAAAUAUGUGGCCAUGGUGAAUAAUUUUGGGGACACAGAGCAAACAUGCAGCAUGCUCGAAAUGGAUGGCGCUAUAAAUGUAAAAUCGCUAAUACAACUGGCCAAAGAACGACAGGUGGGCGGCAGUGGAGAGAUGCUGAAAGCAACGCGUGGUAAUUACGACAUCGAUCAGAAGUUAGAUGCGCUGUUGAGAAAGCAACAAGAGCGCGAGGUAGCGGCUGUAUACCCCAGUGGCAAGGAGGAGGGACAUGUUGCUCCACAACAACUGCAAACAAAUAAACAAGAAUCGACAGAGGCGGAACCAGAGAAAUUUGAAUAUAAACAAAGUUUAACACGCGCAUUGGAGCAUGAUGUGCAGCUGGAUGAGAGUCGUCUUGUGGAUCCACAAUACGGCACGGGUGGUUUAUACGAAUAUAUGCCUGCGCACAGCAUUAAGGGCAUGGAGGAUUGGGUAGCCGAGUCGGAGCAUUACAAGUAUUAUCAAACAAGUGCAGAUUUUCCUUUAACAAUAGAAGCAGAUGCAGCUUUCCAAUUUCCCGAGCACCUGGCUUUGUAUACCUAUGAAAUGGGCAACUGCUCCGAUUUUAAACCACCGCGUAAAUGUUUAACAGGCGUCUUGUCACAUUUUCUGAUGGACGGUGCUAGCAUAUUGCCGCCUUUAAUGCUGCAAGUGCAGCCUGGAGAACGUGUGCUGGAUGCUUGUGCCGCACCUGGUGGCAAAUCGUUGUUGAUGCUGCAAACAUUGCAUUUGGAUCAACUGAUUUGCAACGAUGUGCAGGAAUCUAGACUCAACAGAAUCAGGCAUGUUAUGCAAGAAUAUCUCUUUGACUUUAAACAACGCUGGUCAGGCAAACGCCUGAGCUUUAGUCAAAGCGAUGCACGUAACUUACAAGAUUAUGAUAGUUAUGAUAAGAUCUUGGUGGAUGUGCCCUGCACCACCGAUAGACACGUGCUGAACAAACAAGAUAAUAACAUAUUCAAGCCCAGUCGUAUCAAAGAACGUCUGCGCAUACCCGAGCUACAAGCCGGCAUCUUGGCCAAUUGCUUGAGAUUGCUUAAGCCAGGUGGCACCCUGGUCUACUCCACCUGCUCGUUGUCGCCAGUGCAGAACGAUGGUGUUGUGCACAUGGCGCUGCAACAAGUGUUCACCGAACAUGCCAUUACCGCGACCAUUAAGGAUUUAAGUCAACACACAGCGCUCUUUGAGGAUAUCUUUAAGUUUGAGCAGCCCAAGGGCUUAAAAUAUGGCCAAAUGGUGCUACCCUAUUUGCCAGCUAAUUUUGGUCCUAUGUAUUUUAGUAAAAUUACAAGAAAUUCUUGAACUGAUGUAAAAAAUAAAUA